AUAGGGGCAUAUCUGAAUGUAGUAGAUAUGCAGGAUGUUCUUCUUUCAGGUGUCUUACACAUGUGUUCCUGGGUUGAGAUGCUGUUUACUGAAACGUUUUUUAAAUCAUAGCUAGAAACUUUAUAUGUUUUAAGUGUUUUGCAGUCAGUAUUUUGUCCUAGUAAAAUGGGAAAUAUGACUUCUUGCUAUCCGGUCACGUUAUUUUAGUGUUUCAUGAAAAAGGUACAUUUCCUCUAAAGAGAGUUGAUUCGUACUGUGCAUGUAGCUGGUAGAACUAAACUUUUCUUAUAUUAAGCAUUUGCAUCUUUAAAUCAUAUCCCCUUAGAAAUAUCAGGAGACAAAGCUAAGAAGUUUGACACGAAGCUCUUCUCAGAAGAGUAGGUCUUCAAUUCCUUGCAACAGCGACUGUCUUUUCUGCUGUCUCAGAAGGGAGGGAAACAGAGGGAACCUCUUUCAUUCAAGUAGUGAUACGGAAUAUUUCUCAACCGUAUGACUCUUCGUUUACUGUUAGCAGAGCUAAUUACAGUAUCUGUAGGGUUUUUCCCUCUGCAUGCUUGCUUUGUGGUUAUUACUGAACUUGUUUUUGCUCGUUUAGUAUUCAUAGGCUCAUCAAGGUGAUGGACUGAAUUGAAAUAUUAAGGAAGGCUCUGGUCUUGUCCUCGAAUGCACUGAUUUUCAUCCCGGCUACUGCACUUUGUGCAAAAAGCAGCCAUCAGUUCUUUGUAUGUGCUUUGGAAAGGGAAGAAAUGAAUCUACUGAGUGCAAAGUAUGAGCAGCCCUCCUAAAAUUCUUUCCUUCUCUUCUGCCCAGGCUGCAUCUGCAGGUCUUGUGUAAACAAGAAAAACAAGGAAUGGCAGCACACAGCUCUGGAGUCUGGUCAGACUCCUGAUUAGUCAGAAAGUCAGUGUUGACCCAGACGGAGUCUUGUUAGGCAACGAGAGCUGACGCCUCUGUGCCAGUGUGGCUUUUGGUACCCUGUCGUGUGCCUUUCCAAGAUGCACAAAGUUUCUGUGGAUACUCUAGUAAUGGAAUGGGGUGAUGAUGUUAAAGCAGUGUCAGAAGAUGAAGCCAUGGUGCUGGUGAACCACCAAGCGACGGGUGACGUCUGCACUCUGAUGAUGUGCCUUCAGGAUAAAGGCACGGUUGUCCGUCAGAUGAUGUGGCUGAUGGAUCAUAUUUUUAAGUACACAAACUUUGGCAUUGUGUCUCUAAUCCAUGGAGACUUCUUUAUAAGACAGGGGAGAACACACCGUGAACAGCAGCUUGUGUUACUCAAAGAACAUCUAGAAAAAUAUUACAGGAGCCGCAAUCGGAAAUGGAUUGUUUUAUUUCCAGAGGGUGGCUUUCUUAGGAAAAGAAGAGAAACAAGCCAGGCAUUUGCCAAGAAAAACGAUUUGCCAUUUCUUAAACAUGUCACCCUGCCAAGAAUUGGGGCAACACAAGUAAUUCUGAAAACGCUUGUAGCACCACAAGAAAAUGGAACUCCAUCAGGUGGAGAUGCUGUGAGAAAAGAGAGCAAAUCCAAAGGCCUCCAGUGGGUGAUAGAUACAACCAUUGCAUAUCCCAAAGCUGAACCUAUAGACAUCCAAACCUGGAUUCUUGGCUACCGACAACCAACAGUGACACAUGUGCAUUACAGGAUUUUUCCAGUGAAAGAUGUACCUGCAGAGCCUGAAGCUCUCACAAACUGGCUGUAUCAACGGUUCAUUGAAAAGGAGGAUCUCUUGACACAUUUCUAUGAAACAGGAGCUUUUCCACCACCCCAGGGUCAGACAAAAGCAAUUUCUCGGGAGAUGACCCUCAGUAACCUGUGGCUGGUUGCCAUACAAUCAUUUGCAUUUUUGUCAGGAGGGAUGUGGUACUGCCUCUUUCAGUAUUUGUACCAUUGCCUAUUUUAAAAGUGGAAUGGGACCUGAGGACACAAUGGGAAUCCAGGCUCUUGCAAAUGAGUAUCAUGUUGUAUGUGCAAAUGUGAAUAUUCAAGAGUAAAGGAAAAUACUGGAUGGACUUUUACCUCUCCUUGGGGGAAUUUUAAACUCCACUAAAAGUGAAGAUCAGUAACAUAGUGACCUGAUGAUGUAUUAUUUUAAGAAUUGUCUGUAUUUUUAAAAAUGUAUACUCUCACCCACACUUAAGCAAAUUCAGCAUUUGGACAAAAGGUGCAAUCGUACAACCACCGUAGAAGAAUGUCUGUGACAAGAAAGCUUUGUCACCACAAGUAUUUCUUGGCAUUGUAGUUAGAGCUCAGAAAAUUCAGCAACUUGUCUCUUCAGUAGUGUGUACAGCAUUGGUGUGGUAGAGAUUCCUCAUUUGCACAACGUGUACUUUAUUGCAGCUCAUUGUGCUGGAGUCAGAGAUCCUCGACAGAGCUGGUGGAGGUGUCUGUGGCUACACACUCAGCAGUUGUUGUACCAGACACAUCGAUCUAAACCCAACACCCAAAUAAGAUCCAGUGUCAGGUCUGUCCUGUGAGGAACUGGUCCUCAAACAAGCAUUGCAGCAUCACAGUGUGAUUAAAAGCUGUCCACGUGGGAUGAAUCAGCCCAUCCCUGCUGUGGUCUUGCCAUCAGCUCUCUGAGUUCCAUGUGCUACCAGUGUCUCGUGUUAUAGGAAAACUUGGAAAAUACAAAGUCACUCGGUUAAAUUCCCUUUUUGUUCAGAAUGCAGCUCAACCCUCAUCAUCAGUUUUGAAAACGCACUUUCAAAGGUGAAAAGUCAGUGAAGGAAAGACAGAACUUAGGGAACAGAGGGAAGCUUUGUUUGUCACGCCUUGGGAGGCAGAGCAAUUGUAGCUGUUUCUGAAGGUCUGCUGGUGCUUCUGGUGAUCUUUAGCCACCUUUGUAUUUUGUAUACUGCAGUCCCACCAAGGUGACCUUGGAGUGGUUUAUAGAGGCCUUUUUCUCCCCGCUAGUUGCAAGAGUGCUAAAUACACUUGUGGGAGAGUUUAAAUAAUUCAAUGCCAACCAUCUUAAUGUUUUGCUAAGGAGUAAUAGAAGAAACUAGUUUCAUAAAAAGAAACAAUAGGUAUAAUUGCUAUCAUAAGUCUGUAGGAAGAUACUACUGAAAAAGUAAGUAUGGUAAAUAUUCUGAAUAACUACAUGGAGGGCAGUAUUAAUUAGCUCACCACUAAAAUUUUACUGCUAAAAUCUUACUGGGAGAAGGGGUGGGUUGAACUGAAGGGCAGAUGGGAACAGAGGACACUUUCAGAUGUGUAGUGCAGGAUCCUUUUGAAAGGAUGUUGAUGUACAGCUGUACUUCUGGCAGGUCUGGUUGGCAUUGUGUUUAUGUGAUUAUGCACAGAUUUGCGAGAACUGUUCCUAAAAUAAAACUAAUCUCUCUAAAUACAGGCAGGGUAGCCAGAACUUCAGAUGUUGGCAUACUGCCUUUUACAGAGUAAUUUUGUUGAGAACAAAGUAAGCCCUCAGUAGUUUUGGCUCUGAGCUAGCAAUAUUGAUUCCCCUUCUGUCUCCCUCUGCUGCUACAUGAAUCACAGGAGGUGGUGUGCAGAAUACAAAACCUUGCCAGUGUUCCCUUUUGGGGGGGAUGAGGAGCAAAGAGCAUACCAAAACACGAGGCAGUGCCAGUUUCUCUGGCUUUGUGGAAAAAUACCUUGUCAAAUAUGCCAUCCCUGCCUCUCCCCGUGCAGCAGUGUUUGCUCAGUGGGGACGGAUGCAGAAUGACACACCACAGUAGGGUCCCCUGAAAUGUAUGUUCCCUCCCUGACUCCACAGGAGACUGGAGGCAAAGUACAGUGGUUGCCAAUAGCUUAAUGUUUGAGGAAAGAUGCUGUUUAUAAAUAUCUCUGCACCUGAAUUCUGGCGUAACCAUUAAAAAGAGGCAGUUAUGCCAUGAUAGAGAGGGAACCCGUGGAGUUUUUUGUUGUUUCGUGUUGCUCUUGCUGAAGUUCAGCUGAUGGAAUGAAUGUAUUUAAAAUGCCAUUUGACAGGGAGGUAUUGGGGCAGCCCAGCAAUGUUGUCUAAGUGGUUCUUUCUGCUGCCCAUGGGACUGACUCUUACAGCUGCAAAAGGCAAGUGGCAAGCUACUCACUGCUGUCCUCCCCCAUGUAGUUUGAUCAGAACCACAGAGAUGCCCAGAGUACAGCUCAUUUUAUUUUGAGCUAGGACAGACUGGACUUAUUGCAAAAAGGGAAGUUUAUAUAAGCAGAUUGCACAGCAGUUACUCACAUCAGGAGAUUGUUCCUUAUAGAUCCUGUGAACUCCAUGUAAGAGCAUCUUGUUUUGUCAAAUGCAGUAUUUUUCUUUUCCCAGUGGGUUGCAGUCAAUAGCAAGUGUUCACGUGCUGCCUCAAGAAAUUAGCACUGCACAAUAAUGUUGCAGACAAGCAUUUGAUUGAUCUGGUCCUGUUCAUUUUCACUUUGUUCCUACUCUUGCAAGAUGUUUGUUUGCCAGCACUGGUUGUGGUUUCAGUAGGGUGAGGAAAUAGUGUCAGGUCCAGGCUUCUCUCCUGCCUGCACUGGGAAAUGAGAAGAGUGCCUGACACCGUGGCUCCGUACGGCCGAGUUGCUGUGAGUGACACCAGAAUAUAAACCAUUGGAAAGCAACUCCAAAGGACCCUCCCAGCAUGAUCCUGGAUGCUGCUGCAUGAAAUGGAAUAAAUUGGAUAAAAGAAGUUUUGCUGUGAAGGGAAAAACAUAAAAUGGAUACAAUAUGUAGGCAAUUCAGUGCUAAAAAUACCAUGCUGGUCCAGACUAUCUGGAGCUUAGCAGGCGAGUCUGUAAAACAUGAAUUCCUGUUGGCUGCAGUUCGGUUCUACCUUCUGGCAGUUCUGGAUGUAGUGGGCAUUUUGCUGCACCAUCCAUGGGUUGCCUCCUCUGGAGAGUUCAAAAUGUUUUUUGAUUGAAAGUCAUGUUAAUGAACCAUAUAGUUGAUCACAGAUUUUUAUCACAUUGAAUUUAGAUUCGGGGAAAAAUAAUGGGAAAAUGUGUAAAACGAUCAAAAAUGAAAAAUCCAUUAAAAAAAAAAUCUGAAAGCUGUUGUACACAAAAGUGAGAACAGAGCAAUGCCAGGGUUGCCCACAAAACAUCUGUGGGUUUCUGUGUUUAAUUGUUCAUAAAGAAGUUGUUACAGUUGAAGUUUUGUCAGUCCUCACGGUUUAGCUUUGCUGCUCUGUGAAUCCCACGAUGUGAAGAGCACCUGCCCAUCCACGCCAAGCAGUUUUUUCAGUGCCCUGGGGUGAGGGUGCCGUCAUUUCAGUCUCACUUGGGUUCCACAUGUGGUUCUGUUGAGUCUUGCAACUGUGGUGUCUCUUUUUCUUCUUUUUAUUUUUUUUCUUUUAAGUUGCUGUCACCAGAUAUUGAAAAGUGAAAUUUCAGCUUACCCUGCUUUUCUGGAAAAUUAAAAGCUUCCUUCUCCCUUCUCCCCUGGCAUCACAAAUAAGGUGCAUCUUCUAGCAGUAAAAAUAAAGUGAUCACUGUGGUACUGUUCCUUGUUCACUUGGUUUGCAGAUGAUGUAACUUUUCUUUGUGUGACACUGCCAUAAAGUGCUGUUAACUUUUCUCACCUGUUUGUACCAGAUAAUAACAGAUACCGAUCACUGUGUGUGACAGGAUUCAACUGCUCCACUUUGCCUUGAUGUAAAUUUUGGGACCAAAGGUACCUAAAACUGGGAUUUCCAAAUCACGAGCCCAGGGUUGGAUGCAUUCUCUUGGCAGUCAGCUGGAGAUUUUGUGGUGAUCUGAUACAAUCACACAAAAUAAUUACACAUCUGGGGUUCUGUAUUUUUUGGAAAUAAUGGAGCCAUAUGAAAUAAAGGGUUAUUUUGCAAAAUUGCAUAUUUGAUAAUUUUCACAUUUCUUUUAAAUAAUACAAAGCAACAGUGGGAAAGGCAAAAGGGAAACCAUCUUCUGGUUUAAAAUGUCUGCAUACAUUAGAAAUGCUUCUGAGCAGCUCUACUUUUUCUGUAAGAGCUGUAGACUGCCUGGCUGUGAUAGAAGUCAUUAGAAGGAUUCUAUGCAUUUUAAAGUUAGACGUUUUAUUUUAUCAUGAGGUAAUGAAGUAAUUAUUCACUGAACAACUGUCCUAUUAAAAUGAGUUAGUUCCUUAAAAUUACUCCACCGUUAUGUUCAUAUUGUAUAAUGAACAGGGUUUUUUUUAUACCAGUUAUCUUCACCUCCAGUUUUCUCCUUCCCUUCUCUGUAACCUCCAUUUUUGUUUAGUGUGAUAAAAUGGAUGUGGAAGCCUGGAGUGACUGUCAGUGGUUUUGUAAAGGGCUGGUCAUGUUUGGAAUUAUUUUGCUGAAUUUAUUUCAUUGGAGUUUUUUUUAAUAAAAUCUUUCCAGCAGCCAAGAUGUCUUUCAGAAAUGUAGACAGAUACCAGAAGCAGCAUUUCUGUUUCUUUUCCUUGGGCUGUUUUGGGGGUGGUUUUUUGGUUUUGGUUUUUUUUUUUUCUAUGGCAAAAAUAGAGUUGCUCUUUUAUUAAGACUAUUUCAUAUGCUUCUGAUCCUUAAUAGACAAGAAGAUUUUCUUUGAUGGUUGUAUUUAUUGUGCUUAUAACUAAUGGUUACACAACCUUUACUGUGUUUACCAUAAACACAAAAAUAGUCAAAUAACGCUUUGGUUCACUGUACAGCUGCAGUGUUAAUUUGUGAUAGAUAACAUUGUUUAUUAGGAAGGACAGAGACAAAUGUUUCAGUGCCAGAAGUGGCAGGAGGAGGAGUGGAGCAGUGGGGGGAGAGGGGGCAGCAGCUUCUGCAGCCCUCCCUUGCUCCAGCACCCACUAGAAUCUGUGCCCAGGCUGCAGAGUUCCUCUGCAAGUUGCUGUAGCAGUGAGUCUUCUUGAAGUUUCUGAGAGCUGAGGGCAUGCCAAGAGCAGAACCUGAGCCCCCCUGACCCCAGCUGGCCUCCUAGAAGGACGUGACUCCAGCCUUGUUGGGAGCAAGGCUGUCGUCAUUGUGAGGUCUGUACGGUUUUAAAGAGGGAUCUGUUUUUAAGCAGCUCCAGUUGGGCAGAGCAAUGCCAGGUGAGACAGCCCCAGCCAUUCUGUGGCCCUGGCACCUCUCACUGGCAAUGGCUCUUGGCUCCUGUCACCUCUUGAGUUCACUCUGGGGCCCAGUUCUGCAGCAUCUAACAAAGGGAAAGGAACUCCUUAGAGUAUCGUGAGACAUCUCGCACAAUUUCCAAAACAGCACCGUGGUUGUAGUGACGUCUACCUCUUUGUUUCCCAUCUGGGUUUUGUCUUGUUUUUCUGUGUGGUGGUUUUCUGUGAGGGGUGGGGGAAUCGGGGAGCGGGAGGGAAAACUUGAACUCUGAAUAUUAAGACACUGGUGGGGGAUCCAGUGCUUACCAGCUGUGUUGUCAUAUUGAAAAAGCCAUUGUUUUUAAUUCCUGCCUAAUAUGAAAUGUUUGUUUUAAAAAAAUCCUUCCUGCUGGAAAGAAAAAUGUAUUUUUAAAAAGAAAAAACAUCCCUCUUGGCUAAGAGAAUGUCAGCUGUAUGAGUUGUGACCAUAUCAUGACAUGCUGAUCAGAUAAAUAAAUUUUUAUCUCUCAGGACUC